CUCUCAUGGUACAAACUUACAUAUCCAAUGCCAACUGAUUGUUGCAAUACUUCAAACAUGUCAAUGUCUCCAACAAUAGACAAAGCAGCAAGUGAUCAAAAGGAAACUAAUCUGGUUUUUGAUGCAUCUGUUCUUCAACAUGAAUCCAACAUACCAACACAGUUCAUAUGGCCCGAAGAUGAACAAGCUUGCCCUGAGCCAGUUCCACAACUUUAUGUCCCUCCCAUUGACUUGGGAGGCUUCCUCUCCGGUGAUCCACUCGCCAUCUCAAACGCGACUAGGCUCGUCAAUGAGGCUUGCCAGAAGCAUGGUUUCUUUCUAGUCGUGAAUCAUGGCGUCGAUCCAAAGCUCAUAAAUGAAGCUCACAAGAACACGGACUUCUUCUUUGGCUUGCCACUAUCACAAAAGCAAAGAGCUCAGAGAAAGCCUGGUGAAGUAUGUGGUUAUGCUAGUAGCUUCACUGGUAGGUUCUCCUCCAAGCUCCCUUGGAAAGAAACACUCUCUUUUCGAUAUUGCAACGAUCAUCACUACUCAAACAUCGUUGAGAAGUACUUCUUCAACUUAAUGGGCGAAGAAUUUAGACAAUUCGGGAGGGUGUGCCAAGAAUAUUGUGAAGCCAUGAGCAAACUCUCCCUUGUGAUCAUGGAGCUUUUGGGCAUGAGCCUAGGGGUUGGACCAUCCCAUUUCAGAGAAUUCUUCAAAGGCAAUGAUUCGAUAAUGAGGUUAAACUACUACCCUCCUUGCCAAAAACCCGAUCUGACUCUCGGGACCGGGCCUCACUGUGAUCCCACAUCUUUGACAAUCCUCCAUCAGGAUGAUAUUGGUGGCCUUGAAGUCUUUGUCGACGAAAAAUGGCACUCCAUACGUCCCAAUUCAGAAGCUUUUGUGGUCAAUAUAGGCGACACAUUCAUGGCUCUAUCAAAUGGAGUUUACAAGAGUUGCUUGCACAGAGCAGUGGUAAACAAUCGAAGUGCAAGAAAAUCUCUAGCAUUCUUUCUAUGUCCAGAAAUGGAGAAGGUGGUGUCCCCACCAAAAGUGUUGGUUGAUGCUGAUAAUCCAAGACUGUAUCCAGACUUCACAUGGCAAGCACUUCUCGAAUUCACUCAGAAACAUUACAGGGCAGACAUGAAAACCCUUCAAGCAUUCACCAAUUGGCUUCAACUUAGAAACAACUGA